GGCUCCGCCCGCCACAUCACCAGCAUGGCGGAACACGGAGCAGGAAUUCCGCGUAUGCGCCGAUGACAGCGUCGCUGAUGGGCCAACACGGACCAUGACCAUCCCCUGACUGUACAGAUCUGUUGCCCGGCGACGAGUCAACUAACCAGCUGCGAGCAGCAGCUUUAUCUUGCUCGGACACACACAGCUGUUUGGUAUCACACUUGACAGACGGUGGAUGAAGCCGAGCCUUUGCCCUGAUGCUCUGAGUUGGACCGGUGCCUUUUUUUUUCUCCACUUUGAACUCCUCACCAGGAUUAACUAGACUAGCUUUUUGUUGUUGGAGAGUUUAACAAACAGGAUCAUGGAUUUGCUCGGAGUGCUGCCCUUGGACGAGCUGUCCCACGGGCUGGCAAACUUGUCCAUGUUUCCAUACUUUGACAUGGCGCACUAUAUCAUAUCAGUCAUGGCUCUGCGGGAGCAGCCAGGUGCUCUUGAGGUCUCCAGGGUCAGCCCCUUAGCCUGCUGGUUCAGCUCCAUGCUGUUCUGUUUUGGCGGAGCUGUGCUGUCUGCAGUCAUGCUGGCCGAGCCUGUCGUCGCACCUUUGUCCAACAGCACCAGUGUUCUGCUCGCUUCGGUCGUCUGGUACCUAGUGUUUUACUGCCCCAUGGACCUGGUGUACUGUUGUGCUGCCCUGCUGCCUCUCAGGCUGGUGCUGUCAGGAAUGAAAGAAGUGACCAGGACAUGGAAAGUGCUCGGAGGAGUCACCCAGGCGCACGGCAAAUACAAGGACAGUCUGCUGGUUAUGAUUGCCAUCGGCUGGGCUAAAGGUGCUGGAGGUGGUCUGAUAAGUAAUUUUGAGCAGCUUGUUCGGGGUGUAUGGAAACCGGAAACUAAUGAGCUCCUCAAAAUGUCUUACCCCACCAAGAUCACCCUUAUCGGCGCGGUGCUGUUUGCUCUGCAGCAGACCCACUACCUGCCUGUCCAGAAGCACCACCUGAUGCUCAUCUACACCGUCUUCACCGUCGUCAACAAGUCAAGGAUGAUGCUGACGGGCUCCUCCACCUCACCAUUCGCUGCUGUGGAGUCGGCCAUCUACAAGACCCUCUUCACCGGCUGCUCGCCUUACGCCGCCCUCACCGGCGAGGUAAAUAAAGCUUUUAUCGAUAAUGGCACAAGCAGCAUGCCGACCUCCACCUCCGCAACCAAGGAGUCCGGCAAGAAUGGAACGGCGGGGAAUCACACACCUGUCAAGGGACAAAGUGGAUCACACAAAGCCAAAGAAGAGUCAGAGAACACGGAGAAAACAAGCUGCAAGAAGACUGACUAGUCGGCCUUCGCCCCAUAGCGCCUUUUCACCUCUAAGCAGGAUGGAGUCAUUUCUGAUUCAUCUUUGACUUAAACUUUCUAAAUUGCUGAAAUAGAGUUUUACCAAGCAAGGACUCCAACCAACCCUGGACCUUAUUGUGGGAUAAUCACCCCACCCUUAAAGUACUGUGAUAUUCAUGCUGUCGGAUAUGACCAUCGUACUAUUCUUGGGCUCGUUGCACACUUGCAGUACAAGCUGUAGCUUAAUUUUUAAUAUAUAUUUAAAAAGAGUACAAACUUAUAAUCAUUUUAUCUCUGGGUUUCGGGAACAGUGCUGUGCACAUGCUGAUCUCUGAAUGUCUGUAUCUUUUUCUCUCUGUAUAUAUUCUGCUUCAUGUAAAUGCUAUAUUUCCUACUCUGAAAUGGUUAGAAAAAUUUUAUAAAAGAGAUUAUAUUCUAUGACACGCAGAUAUUUUUUUUCCUAUUUAUACUAAAUAAUUGCACUCUUGAAUGUAUAACAUUUCACAAUGGAAGACAACCUUUGUAUUGCAUUCUGAAGAAACAGAAUACAAUACAAAGGUUGUAUGAAUGCUUUGAAUUACUCUUAAAGCAUGAGAUUAAACAGGUUUAAUGCACUAUAAAA